AUGUCCGGCAACACCGUACGAAACACGCCGAGCCGUGGCCAGGCCCGUGGGGCCAUCCCCUUCAACAAUGGCGGCAGCAACAGUCCGGCUCCCACGUCCAGCAUCCCACGACCCGUUCUUGAGCCGCCGCACGGCGGCAGCCAUCCUGGACCGGCCAGUGAUGUUGGAGGCCCCUCAAUCAGCGCCAGCCGGCAGAAGCAGUCAAAGCGCGACGAGGCUAUUCGUCGCAAACUCGAGAGCGACCUGAACAAGAAGAACAAGAAUCCGCAAGGCCGUGCCGGUCGCUCCCGCAAGGCACCGCCCGGCACCGUUCUCGCGCUCAAGCCCAGCCCGGCUCUGCAGAUCAAGCCGAACACGACGGUGGCCGAGGCGGCGCAGCUGAUGGCAGCCAAGCGCGAGGACUGCGUGCUGGUGACGGAUGAUGACGACCGCAUUGCUGGCAUCUUCACGGCCAAGGACCUGGCCUAUCGCGUCGUGGGCGCAGGCACCAAGGCGAACUCGGUGACCAUCGCCGAAAUCAUGACCAAGAACCCGCUGUGCGCGCGUACGGACACCAGCGCCACGGACGCGCUCGACCUGAUGGUGCGCAAGGGCUUCCGCCAUCUUCCGGUCAUGGACGAGAACCAGGACAUCUCGGGCAUUCUCGACAUCACCAAGUGCUUCUACGACGCGAUGGAGAAGCUCGAGCGCGCCUACUCAUCGUCGCGCAAGCUGUACGACGCUCUCGAGGGUGUGCAGUCCGAGCUGGGCACGAGCCAGCCCCAGCAGGUCAUCCAGUACGUUGAGGCGCUGCGGUCCAAGAUGUCGGGCCCCACGCUGGAGACGGUGCUUAACGGCCUGCCACCCACCACCGUCAGCGUCCGCACGUCGGUCAAGGAGGCCGCCCAGCUGAUGAAGGAGAAUCACACGACCGCCGUGCUGGUCCAGGACCAGGGCGCCAUUACCGGCAUCUUCACCAGCAAGGACGUCGUCCUUCGCGUCAUCGCCCCGGGUCUCGACCCGGCCAACUGCAGUGUCGUGCGCGUCAUGACGCCACACCCCGACUUUGCUCCCAUGGACAUGAGCAUCCAGGCUGCGCUGCGCAAGAUGCAUGAUGGCCACUACCUGAAUCUGCCGGUCAUGAACGACGGCGGAGAAAUUGUCGGCAUGGUCGACGUGCUCAAGCUGACGUACGCCACACUCGAACAGAUCAACACAAUGGCCAGCGGCGACUCCGAGGGCCCGGCCUGGAACAAGUUCUGGCUCUCGCUCGACCACGAAACUGAGUCCAUGGUCUCGGGCGAUGGCAGCCACCACCACACCCACAACACGAACCUCGGCUCGCGCAUGAUGUCGCCUGAGCUGAACCGCCACCAGCGUGUCGACAGCGUGGCGCCGGGAGAUUCUGCCUCCCAUGUCGGCAUCGAGUCGCCGACGCGGUCGUUUCUUGCUCCUCCCACGCCGGAGCUGCCGCCCAGCGAGACGCCUUUCCCGUUCAAGUUCAAGACUCCGAGCGGCCGCGUGCACCGUCUGCAGGUGACGGCCACGCAUGGUGUUGCAGUCUUUGUGGACAAUUUGGCUGCCAAGCUUGGUCUCGCGGAGGUGCUUUCUAUCGGCGGCAAGCCCGAUGUGGAGGACGGCAAGAUUCUGGGGUCCGGAUUUGCCAUCAGCUAUCUCGACGACGAGGGCGACAGCGUUUCCAUCACGGCCGACCAGGACCUGCUAGAAGCCAUCUUGCUGGCACGCCAAAGCCACCAAGAGAAGGUCGACCUCUUUGUACACGACCCAGAAAAGCCGCCAAUGGCCUCAACACCGGUCAUCACGUUGGAGCCGGCUCCGAGCAGUAUUCGAGAGCGUCGGCGCGGCGGGCGCAGCACGAUAGACACAUCUGACUCAGAGGAGGAGGACGACCGUAGCCACCACAACAAACGGCGGCAUCACCGUGGCGGCCAUUCACAAUUGGGCGGCCCGGGCGGUGCUUAUGGCGCAGAGGAGCAGCUGAUUGCCGGCGUGCCGAAUGAUCUGCUGCUGCCGGGCGCCAUCGUGUCGUUGGCUGUUGUCAUCCUGGGCGUUUUUACCAUUUCGCGGUUGACCAGAUGA